GUGCGCUCCGGCUCCGCACGGCUAGCAGCGGCAGCGGCAGCGGCAGGAAGUAUGUUGUCGGAGCGGCGGUAGGUAGCGGGGGGGGGGGAGAGCCAAGAACCAAAAGUCGAUGUUUGAACCCGGGGCGGAGAACACAAACCAUGCCGAACCCGUGAAAGUGGCGGAUUUCUGCAUCUCCACGCCGUGCAUCGUCCACUGAGGCCGAUCGAGGGUGAUACCUCAUUGGCUGGUGUGACCCCUGCAGGCCCGCCACCUCCCAAGGUGGGCCCCAAUUGGCUGGACCUGCACUGGGGAGAAAAUGGCUGCUACCACCACCCUCAACUGAAUAGCUAAGCCCCACUGUUUCCUCCUCCACCUCCCUAACGUCACCGUUCAUUGCUGUGUUGUGAACCGUGAUUCCCUCCGACUGAUUUGCUUUAGAGUACUAUGGCAAUGCAUGAUAUGAGUCGUGCCAAGGGUUUCCCCUGUAAAGAGUGUGAUAUGGUUUGUCCGAGUACUCCAAGUCUUCUAGAGCAUAUGAAAGCACAUUAUCAGCAAGAAGAGAACGGACGCUUUGAGUGUGAACAGUGUGGCCGAAUUUACAAGCACGCAGCGAGCCUAGCUAAUCAUAAAAAGUCUCACGAAGUGGGUUCAUUCCAGUGUCCUGUUUGUACGCGUACGCUGCCCAACGCGGUAGCUUUGAAGAACCACCUACGUAUCCAUACAUUGUCCCCUAGUAGUGCACACACAGAAGAAGAGAGCGAAGAAGUAGCUGAAGAAGCAGGCCACGACGAGAGGGACUACGGCCUCGCCCAAGACCUCUCGGACGGGUUUGGACGCUCCCAUUUGAAUAAUAGUGGUAUGGGACAUAGUGUCCUGCAAAGCCACGAGACAGACGACCACGGAAAAAAAGGCUCCCCUGAAUCUGACGACGCUUGGGACAGACCAUUCAAGUGCGAUCAGUGUGACAGAACCUACCGGCACCACGGUAGCCUGGUGAACCACAAGAAGUGUCACCAGCAAGGAACGUUUAAGUGCUCUGUGUGUUUUAAACAAUUUAGCAACCUGGCUGCCCUAAACAGCCACGAGAGAACUCACUCGAAGUUCAAGACCCCUGGGGCCUCCAUGGUGAGCAGUAGCAGUAGCAGCAGCAGCCUCCAUGGCUCGGAGCGCAGCAGUGUCUCCCAGUCGUCCCAGAGCGACAACACUGCCUCUUGUUUCUGCCACCUGUGCCAGAUAGCGCUACCGAGCAAGACAGACUUUCAGGAGCACAUCCUGCUGCACAACACGGCCACACCCUCCCUCGGCCUGCCACGUAGUUUCCCAGGCAUCAUGCCCCACAACCUGAGUGCAGUUCGAUCCCCAGCGUACACCCCUGCCCUGGGGGACCCUCUGCCUCUGCCACCCCUCCCCAGUGACAAAAGAGGUCCCUACGACCCCAUAAUGGGCCCUCCAGUCAACAAUCCCAUCUACACAUGUGCAUACUGUGGCGCAGGACACCCAGAUCUGGAGACCCUAAAAGUCCACUAUCUGACCCAUGACCCCCACCCUGCGUCCCAUGGCCAGGACAGCGCCAUCCUCAACUCAGACAUAAGCUCUGGAUCACAGGGCUCAGUGUCUUCUCCCUCCGGAGGCCGUGUGCCCCAGGCCAACUCUCCAGAUGACGGAGAGCGGCGUUUUAAGUGCGGGGAGUGUGGCAAAAGCUAUCGGCAUGCAGGAAGCCUGGUCAACCACAAACGCUGCCAUCAGACAGGCCACUACCAGUGCACCAUCUGCUGUAAGCAGUACCCUCACUUGGCAGCGCUACACAGCCACCUGCGGAGCCACAAAGGGCGUCCCUCCAACCAGCCUAUUAAUAACGACAGCAAUGACUGGCUUUCACCAGAGCCGCUCACUCUGGACUCCCAGCAGAGCUACGUCCAGGAAGGCAGUGGUGCGACCACUCCAAUCUCACUGCCAGGAAACCUUGGUGAUGCUGCCCACUUUGUACCAGACGGUGGCCACAGCAGUGGGUUGGACUCUCUUGAGUUCCACGAUCGCUUUGAUGGCAGCUCACUUUCCCAGAGCAGCUCUGCUCACCGUCAGGCUGACAGACACGUGUGUGCUGACUGCGGUGAGAUGUAUGGAGAUGUAUCCGGCAUCAAGUCGCACAUGUGUCCCCGCCGUGGCCAGCAGUCGCAGCAGAGCAACAUGUCCAACGGGUUUAUGGGGAAUAUGAACUACCACAGCUCCAGUGGAACCUCGCUGCCAGCUGGAAGCUCCAGCAACUUGAAAGAAGGCAGCAGCCAACGACAAUACUCCCAGAGCGGAGGCAAGAGGAUGGGCAGCAAUGACAAAGACGACGAUGAUGAUGGAGAAGUGUAUCAGUGUUCAGUGUGUGGCAACCACUACGCCAGCCUCAGAGCCCUCAGGAGUCACCUGCGUAGUCAUGCCAAUAACCCAACGGGGCCAGGACCUUCCAACCUGGAGCAAGAGUGGAGGAUGAUCUGCUCCACCUGUGGCCAGAGCUUCUCCAGGAAACAGGACCUCCUGAAUCACCAGUUAGUCCAUGGCCCCCAGAGGCCGGAUGGCCAGCAACAGGGUAUUGUAGGCAGCUCAGCUAAUGGCAGUGACAAGAUGGAUGGACGCAACCACAUCUGUGUUGACUGUGGCAUGUUUUUUGCCGAUCGCCACCACCUGAUCACCCACCUGUGCCCCGGUAAAAAUCGGGCCAGCUCACUGAGCAAGCAGGGUCUGAAUGGAGCCAAAGGAAUGUCUGGAGGGGAUGGCGUCGGCGGUGGAGUUGCCGGAGGAAGCCGUGAUGUUGGUGGCGAUGGACGUAGACCUAUGGUUGACCAAAGUGACAAACCCCACAAGUGUGACCAGUGUGGACGAGGGUACAGACACCCCUGCUCACUCCUUAACCACAAAAAGUCCCAUAAGACGGGUGUUUUCCGCUGCUUGGUGUGCCAGAAACGCUACUACAAUCUGCUGGCUCUCAAGAAUCACCAAAGGACCCACUUUGAUCUAAAGAGGCACAAGUGUGAGGAAUGCGGCAAGGCUUUCAAGAUCCAAAAGCAGCUGAUCAACCACCUCCGUCUCCACGAGGAGCACCGAGCCAAAGGUCUUGUUCGGACCGGCCCCAACGGUUCCCGCUUCCAGCAGCCCGGACCAUCUCAGAUGCAGACUAUGAGAGGAGAGUCGUCAAAGAGUCAGCCAAUGGGCAUGAAAUACAGCCAUCAAGGGUUCAAGAAGCCCUACUCCUCCGCUGGAACUUCCAGGCCCCAGAAGUUUGAUCCAGCUGAAAGUGGACGGCGGCCUUUUGCCUGUGAAGAAUGUGGCAAAACAUACCGCCACGCUGGCAGCCUGGCUAAUCACAAGAACCUCCAUAAAAUCGGAGAGUACCACUGCAAUGUUUGCAACUCCACGUACCCCAACAGGCUGGCAAUGAAAAACCACCUACGCCUCCACUUUGCCCAGAAGAAGCACAACUGCCAAGAAUGCGGCAAAGGCUUCCGCACCCAGAGGCAGCUAGCUACCCACACUACAGCCGGCCUGUGCAAAGGGCCGCAGGGCCCCGGGGCCCAGAUGGAUUUUGAGUGUGAUGGCUGCUGUGAAGGCUUUGCCACGGCCGAUGAGCUCGCAGCCCAUGACUGCCCAGCCCAGCACCUGCCUUCAUCCUCCUCCACCAACAGCUCCACCAACAUCAGCAUGGAGAGAAGCUCUGUGGACUUGGACUCUGAUGAGAGACCCUAUGCCUGUGACCUGUGCAGCUGUGCCUACAAACAUGCAAGCUCCUUGCUGAACCACAAACACACCCACAAGACGGGCAACUUCCGGUGCAACUUCUGCGACAAGCCCUACACCAACUACAUGGCGUUGCGCAACCACAUGCGCAUCCACACGCAGCGAAAGAAGCACAUCUGCCACACGUGUGGGAAAGCUUUCCGGCUGGCCAGGUUCCUCCGAAACCACCAGAAGGUCCACGAGGAGGGCGCCACCCCCUUCGGCUGCCCCACCUGUGGGAAGAGUUUCCAGGGGAGAUCCGGCCUAGCCAGGCACCGCUGCGGGGACAACCAGGUAGGCAUGGAAGUCAGGAGGAAGGCCACUGCACCCACGGGAGAGGGCGACGAGUGUCGGUACACAUGUGAUCAAUGUGGCCGCUCCUACCGCCAUGCCAGCUCCCUCCUCAACCACAAAAACACCCACACUGUCGGCAUCUACCACUGUGCCGUGUGCCUCAAGACCUACUCCAACCUGCUUGCCCUGAAGAACCACCGCCGCAUCCACUCAGAGACGCGGCGCCACCGUUGCCACGACUGCGGCAAGGCCUUCCGAGUUUCCUCCCAGCUCUACAACCACCGACGCGUCCACCAGAAGCAGCGGGAGCUGACCUGCCGGUCCUGCCAGCGAGCCUUUCCCACGCAGGCCAGCUUCAGGCUCCACAUGGAGAUCACCCACGGCCAGACGCCACAGCCCCGCCAGCCCAGACCCCAGCAGCCUCGACCGGGGGGCUCCCAGGAGCUGGGCUGGGGGUCAGGCCUGGACCUCACCUUGAUGCAAGAGCAAGGACUCCACCCCGGCAGCGUUGCAAAAGCUCGCAGCCGUGGGAGCCACAGUGAGGUCAUCAAAUCCCAUGUGUGCGAUCAAUGUGGGCGGUCCUACCGCCACGCCAGCUCCCUGCUCAACCACAAGAACAGCCACAAGACCGGGACCUACUUCUGUAACUCCUGCCAAAAGGAGUUCCCCAACCUGAUGUCCCUCAAGAACCACCGGCGGAUCCACACCGAGCCCAAACGCUAUCAGUGCCCCGACUGCGGCAAGUCCUUCCGUGUCUCCACCCAGCUCAUCUGCCACCGCCGCAUCCACACCAAGGAGAAGCCGUUUUCCUGCCAGCAGUGCGACAAGCGUUUCUCCUCCAAGUCCAACCUGAGGCACCACAUGAAGGUGCACUGGAGCGGCUCGACGGCGCCCCCUCCCAUGGCCCACGCGCCCAACUUCCUGGAUCUGAGUCCGGUGAGUCCGACCAGCUGCUCCAGGAGCUUCGUCUGUGAUCGGUGUGGCCGCUCUUACCGCCACGCCAGCUCCCUGCUCAACCACAAGAACAGCCACAAGACUGGGACCUACUUUUGCAGCUCCUGCCAGAAGGAGUUCCCCAACCUGAUGUCCCUUAAGAACCACCGCCGGAUCCACACCGAGCCCAAACGCUACCGCUGCCCUGACUGUGGCAAAUCCUUCCGGGUGUCUACAGCGCUUGUCUGCCACCGCCGCAUCCACACCAAGGAGAAGCCAUUCUCCUGCCAGCAAUGUGACAAGCGCUUCACAUCCCGGUCCAACCUGAGGCACCACAUGAAGGUGCACUGGAGGGCUCCGCCGCUGUCCAGAGGGACGUCGUCCGCCUUUCUCACCGUCUCGUCCAGAUCAUUAAGCUAAACGUCCGACCUUGAUGGCCUGACUGGGCUUCGUUAUGGCGACCACAGCAACCACAGCGACCACAGCGACCACAGCAUGGUCUCCUGAGGAAACUCAGAUUAGAAUUUAAAUCUAAUCACAAACUGAGGACCUGGAGUUCAACCUGAAGGCUUCACGUUGAACUUUAAUCACCACCAAAUUUAUAUAAUUUAAAUAUUUGAUCUGAAAAAAAAGUCCUUCUGAAUUUUCUGCUUUAAAACUUCCAAAAGAUCACAGAGUCGUAACAGGAGGAGUUCACUCUUCAGUCUCCACGUUGAUAAUGAACAGGAAACAUUGAAACCGAAACUAUCAUCAUGGAAACGUGAACGUCCAGUUUGUUUCUCUGCGUUGAUGUCAGGCAGUGUUCAGAGUCUCUGAGUUCUCCAGUGUAUGAACACUUACAUACACUGCAGCGGUGAACUGGGACCUGAGGAGCUGGAGUUACUCUGCAGCCUGGAGCACAACCAGCACAGGUGAAUUGUGGGUCUUGUAGCCUUGAAUCUUGGCGUAUUAGCUCCAGUUUGUUCCUCUCAUGUAAUCAUUAUUUCUAUGUUUGAAGCUUUUGGAGUUUUUUUGACGCUGACAAAGACUGUUAAGAAAUCCUCUCACUUUCCACUUCCUGAGUUUUCUAUCCGUGUUUUCACGUAUUUAAACAAAACUCAGUGUUUUUGUUUCUCAGUCUUCUCUCCAGCUGAAACAUUUAUAAAACUAACAGGACCAACCUUCAAAGUUCCUACACUCAUGAAAUUCCAGCCCGUUCAAGUAUCGCUGUGGCGUCAGACACAGAUGCCAAAAGCAACCUUUCAUGGUGGUAUGAUACGCUGCCAGUUGGCGUCAGUUUGAAGCGCUGCUGGUAACAAUGUAAUGCAAGGAGCUGAUAAGUCCUUGUAAGGCAUGAGGGGCAGGCAAUGGAUCCAACAAACCUCAGACUUUUACCUGCAAGCCCGGUGUGUUCACUUCCUGUGUAAAUGUUAGAGCAGACGCUCAGACUCUCUUCACAGCGUCUCCUAACAAACUCGACAGUAGACGUGGAGAACAAAAUGAAGAUGACCUGACCUGCAGACCUGCAGGACGUGGACGUGGACGAACACCAGGAGUGUUUUCUUCUUUUAUUAACACUGACAAACUUUAAGAUGUGAAGCAGAGAGAAAUGAUGUGAGCAGAAAAACUGUAAACAUGAGCUGCACUGCUGGACUCAGACUCCCUCUGCUGCUUCUGUACAUGUCGACAAGUGUUUAACAGAACAUUUCCACCGCUAACUGUUUGAGGUGGACAGACUCCACAGGGAGACGGUUAAGGGUAAUCAGAGUCCAGAGUGUUCGGUUCUUCAUGAAGAGGUUUAGAUUCAUGAUGUAACAUCUGAUUUUAACUUCAAACAUUAAAUAUGGGAGUUCAUUGAUGUCAACUGGGAGGAAAAAAAAUCUACCAUCAAAGUUUUUUAUUAUUAAAUGUUUUAGAAUCUUCAUCAUUGAUAAAGGAAAUGAUGAAACAUUGAGUCAUGAAAACUUUGAAUAAAAUGCAUUUCCUGUUAAUGAAUCAACUCAAGACUGAGUCCUAAAAAAAACAUUUAACAAUAAAAGAUGCGACGGAGUAUAAGGGCCACAUUGAAGGGGAAAAAAAGCGGAGAUUUCAAGAAUAAAGUCGUCCCGAGAAAAAACUUGUCAUAUUACAAGAAUAAAGUCGUAAUGUUACGAGAAUAAAGUCAUA